AAGCGCUCCACCCCGUGAACGCCACAUGGACUUUUGUUUCUGUUCGCGUUUACAGUUUUACAUUUAGUUUCUUUAGUUUCCUUUUCAUUUGUGUUGGUCAUCUCAUCAGACACCAUGGCUCUGGCUGAAGCAAUGAUGCCCGUCUCGUUUCCAAGCGUGCAAGCCAUGGACGCGAAACAUUUCGAGAACAUGUGCAAGAUGGACGAGUGUGCAACAGGUGGCUCAGGCAGCCCGCUCAUCGAAGUGGAGUUCAGCAUCGUGCGCGCCCCCGCCGUUCUCAUCAAAGACGAGGACGAGCUGGACAAGUUCCUGGACAUCGAGUUCAUCUUGUCCAACACCAUCGACUCCGACGUCGUGAGCAGCAGCGGGAGCGUCUCCCCGCCGCCGCAGUGCGCGUACUCUCUGCCGGAGUCGCCGGAGAGCUGCGGCGGCUCCGCGCCGGAUUGUGGCGACCGCGGUCACGCUCCCUCCGGCCUCGCCGCGCAGAGCUACCACGGCAUGUUAUGCUUCGCGGACUCGAGUCCCGUCAGCAGUCUCAUGUUGGAGCUGCUCACGCCAGAGGUGAGCUACCCGGGGGAGAGCUCACCGGAGUGUGCGGGGAAGGCGAGAGUCGACCGGGAGUACACCGAACUGCGGGCGUUUAAUCCGGCCCCCAUGGCGGCCACUGCCGCUCAUCACCAAGUGGCAGCAUCUCCUCCGCCACUCGGAUACAAAAUUAAAAGCGAGCCCGUCGAUCAGUCAUGUAUGAUGGCCGCAUGUGGCGGGGACUUCAUGGGACAAAUGUACGAGCGACCCCAGAUGCGCUCUGUGCACCAAGCAGCUUUUACGCACCACCAGGCUGCAGGUCCAGGCGUUUUACCGGGAUUCGGCGCGCAGCACUCUGCACCUCAGGGACGCACAGACUGCCAUUUGACCCAAAUGAACCCUCACGCCAAUCAACACCAUCUGCAAAACCAGUACAUGAACGCGCCCUACCAGGCGCAUUACGCGCAUCAGAGCGCGGUGCCGUUUCGAGGACAGUACGGCGUGCACCAAGAGUCCGUGCGCGUUCACCACCAGCAGCAUCAUCCUGCAGCCAUGCACGGCAUGAUGCUCACCCCUCCCUCGUCGCCAUCGCUGCUGGAGUUUUACGCGCAGGAGGAGGCGAUGAGCAUCAAACAGAAGCGAGGGCGCAGGUCGUGGGCCAGAAAACGCACAGCAACGCACAGCUGCGAGUUCCCCAGCUGUGGGAAAACCUACACCAAGAGCUCCCACCUCAAAGCCCACAUGAGAACACACACAGGAGAGAAACCCUACCACUGCAACUGGGAGGGCUGCGGCUGGAAGUUCGCCAGGUCGGACGAGCUGACCCGUCACUUCAGAAAGCACACGGGACACAGACCUUUCCAGUGUCACAUGUGCGAGCGGGCCUUUUCACGCUCGGACCACCUGGCUCUUCACAUGAAGAGGCACAUGUAGGCCACAAAUGAACUUAAAAAGUAUCAAAAUCCUCUCACAGGGUCAAUGCCUGAAGCAAAGAAGAAGCACAGGGGCCGCACCUGAGGAACCUGUGGUCUGAGGAACACACACCUCUCAUGUUUCUCAAUAAGCCAAGUGCCUUCAGGACAAACAAACAAACAAGGAAUGAAAGCUGGUGUCUGCUUGUUGUUGUACAUACCUGUGGAUAUUUGAACUGACUAAAUUAUAGUAGUUUGUAUUUAAGCCACCUGUUUCUGAAAUAAGUUAUUGAUGUGAGCAGGUGCCUUAAAAAGAUAUUUGUUUCCCAGGAGAGGGGGGUGGGCUGAGGCAGGGGACUCACUGUGGGCAGGACCCAGAACUUUGUUCAUAUGUAAAUUGUAUUCUUGAAUGUUUACAUCUUAUAUCUUUGAUACUACUCGAAUCAGGUCAGGGGUUGUUUUUGUAUUGGUUUUUUUUUAAUUCUAUUUUUUUAAUCUACACAAUAGAAGUUCUAUAUUUGCUAAACGCUUUGUGCUCCACCAGGUUUGCUUGAUGCCGGUACAAAAGCUCCUUUUUUAAAGUCUAAUUUUUAAAGGACUCCACCAAUCAGGUGUAACGCCACUGUCACGUCACUCGAAUCAAAAAUGUUUCCAGCUCAGUGUUUUCUUAUGGAAUGUAUGAUUUUUUUUUAAGAAUAAAGAAAUCCACUGCAAACCAAUGGUCGAUCCGCUGUACUUGAAACAGAAUUGCCACUCAGAUGUAUCUUUGUUUUGGUUUUUCCUCUCACCGAUGCGAUUGUCUGUGAUGUGUUAAAGGACUCCGAAAAAUAAAAGUACUUUUACAAAUA